AUGGUGCUCGGAGGCGGCUGGCGGCGCUGACGAUAGAGCGGAGGGAAAAAACACGCGCGGAGCUUAAAAACUCGACACAACACCGCGACACAAUCUUCACGCUGCUAUCGGAGAAUAUGAGCAAGGAGGACCCGCAAUGUCGACCCGCAUCGCUGAAGUUCACCAUCGAUAACAUCCUCAACCUGAAGUCGAGCGGCGGAGCAGCUGACAGCUGCGGCUCGAAGGCGCCGCUCUGCCGCGGGGACUUCCCUCCCGAGCUCGCGAACCGGGAUCCCGACAGCCGGUUACAGGACGCCGGGAGCGAGCGAGUCCACGCAGACGGGGAAGCGCCGGCGGACGAGCCGCUGAGCAGCGCGGACGGAGGGUGCUCUCAGGACGGCAGCGCCAAGAAGAGCAAGCCGGCGGCCAAAAAGAAGACCCGCACCAUCUUCUCCAAGCGCCAGAUAUUCCAACUGGAGUCCACCUUCGACAUGAAGCGCUACCUGAGCAGCGCGGAGAGAGCCUGCCUCGCCAGCUCGCUGCAGCUCACCGAGACUCAGGUGAAAAUCUGGUUUCAGAACCGGCGGAAUAAGUUGAAACGGCAGCUGUCCACCGAGAUGGACGGACCGAACGGGGACUUCGGCGACGGCGGGAAGGCGGUGACCUUCCCCGGCCUGUAUAAAGAGAACAGCCUGCUGGGGAGGUGUUUGUUACCGAUGCCGCUGCCGGUCGUUUACCCCGGAGGCAGCGCGCCCUAUUUAUGCCUCUCAAACGGCGCCAAGUACUUCGGUUUUUUCGAAGGAGACGUCUGACUUUCCUCACUGCCACCUUAAACAAACAAACAAACAAACAAACAAGCUCACCGCCUUCCGCUGACGGGACCACAAAAAAGGACGAAACACUCCGGUCCCGGUUACUCCUCCUCUCUUUUCUUAUCCCGGUGAGAUGAGGACACGUCCGCGGCGAGGAACGCGCUUCAAUUUCUAUGCAAAGUCGAUGUUAUUUAUUAUAAACUGUAACUAUUUUGAUAUAACCGAACUAUCAUGUUUUAUACUCUUUUGUGUGUAUCAGACUGAGCAGCAGCCAUCACGCACACUGCCAGUCAUAUUGGCCUCACGUGACAGACAACAUAACACGAACGUUUACAUUUAUUAUUAUUAUUAUUAUUAUUAUUAUUAUUAUUAUUAUUAUUAUUAGGAUGGAUUCAGGUAUUCUGGGUCAUCAGUUAACUGGGGACACUCAUUUAUUCCAGCUGUUGUUAUCCAGCAUAUCUCUGUUGUCUGAACAAAACCUCGUAUCUCCAAAAUAGCGACUUUACAGGAGGAGGAAAAAACCCACUUUACUUUCA